CUGUAAUGGUCUUUCACUAGUCUAAUAAAAUUUCCUCCCGUCACACCCAAGCGAAGCUAUUGGCGGCUAGGGUUUUGCGGUUUCUUACACUGACCAAACCCUAGAGCUCUCGCACCCAUCCAUGGCGAUCUCGUCUCGGGCAGUCGCGUGCUAGGUUUGUAUUAGGGGUUUUGUGAUUGGAGUGAGUGGUUGCUUCGGCCUGUGGAUUGCGCGCGGAAAUGGCGUCGAGGAACCAGUUCGAUCUCCUUGGCGACGUCGACAACGACGACCCAUCCCAACUCAUCGCCGCCGCCGAGAAGAAGGCGGCCGCGUCGCCUAGGCCGCCGCCGGCGGCGCCCGCGCCGGCCAAGCCGCCCACCAAGUCUCCGCCGCCUGCGCAAGCUGUGAGGGAGGCAAGGAACUAUGGUGCGCCACCGCGCGAUACAGCUGGACGUGGCGGCCCAGGACGUGGAAGGGGUGUCCGUGGAGGCAGGACUGGUCCAAGACGAGAUUUUGGCAACUCCGAUGCCAACGGCUUUGAGGGAGGCUAUGGUGGUAGAUUUGGAGAUGAGAGAGUGGCUCGUGGUGAAAAUGGUGAGGGAAGGCAGGCAGAGAGGGACCAAAGGCCGCGCCAGCCAUACCGUGGAGGUGGCCGUCAUGGUGGCUAUACUGAUGGGCAGGAUGGGGAUGAGUCUGGUCAUCCGCGCCGGGCAUAUGAGCGCCACAGCGGCACUGGCCGUGGCUAUGAGAUGAAGCGUGAGGGGGCUGGACGAGGCAAUUGGGGAACUGUGACUGAUGAAGGCCUUGCACAGUUAAGAUGGGACGCUGUGGAUGCUGUUAAUGCUGAGGAGCCUGCUGCUGUGGUGGAGGAUGAGAAAAAGCCUGAAGAUGCUCCACAGUCCGAGGUUGAGAAGGACAAGAAGGGUGUGGAGAAUGAAGAGGAAGAAAAGGAACCUGAGGAUAAGGAGAUGACUUUGGAGGAGUAUGAGAAAGUACUGGAGGAGAAACGGAAAGCUUUACAUGCACUUAAGGCUGAAGAGAGAAAAGUUGAAAUAGAUAAUGAGCUGCAGUCUAUGCAACAACUAUCUGUUAAAAAGGAUGCUGAUGAGGUGUUUAUUAAGCUGGGCUCGGACAAGGACUCUAAAAAGAAAGAAAAUGCCGAAAGAGAUGAACGUACUAAGAAGUCCCUCAGCAUCAACGAAUUCUUGAAGCCAGCUGAAGGUGAGAGGUACUACAACCCUGGUGGCCGCGGCCGUGGGCGUGGGCGUGGCCAUGACAGGGGUCGUGGAGAGCGUGGGGGAUUCCGCGGUGGUUACAACGGUGGCUAUCGGGGACCAGCUGCUGCUCCAGUGAUCGAAGACCCGUCUCAGUUCCCAACGCUAGGUGGGAAAUGAAGGAUCUCAUCCUCUGCCCUGGUCUAGCUUGCUCGGUUCAUGCUCUGCCCUGGUCUAGCUUGCUCGGUUGUCUCCUGGCUUUGCCUCAAGAUGGUGUCAUCGUUGUUGAGUCUUCUCUUCUCCGCGUCAGUAUUAUGUUGUUGUUUGUUGCUGCUACUGGGCCUUUUCCCAGGUGUUUAUCACCGUGUUGUGUGUCCCGUGUAUACCCGAGGUGCACCAAGUGCUGUGUUGCGUUGUCAGAGGUAGCUGCUUCUAUUUUUCUGGUAGGACGAUGCAUUCGACGUUUAUGAUGUGCUUCUUGGUUAAGCGAUUUUGCUCAGCUGAGAAUGAAAUCGUAUUUUAUUCAAGCGGCUAUCUGCGCUUUUCA